AUGGCUCAUCGCGAAACCGCCGAGCGCUCAAAGCCAGUGUUGGCCAACGACGUGCAACACCCAGCAGAGUUUCAAAACCACAUUUAUGCGAAUGGUGCGAGAGGCGAGCUUUCUGAGCUCCCAUUCACCUUUGCCGAACUCGAGAAACGCGCCCAGUCCACUUUGGAUCCAGGAAUGUUUGGAUAUGUUGCGGGCGGCUCAGGAGACGAACACACGCAAAACGCCAACGUGUCUGCCAUGUUAAAGUACGGCUUCGUGCCGCGGAUGCUCAAGGAUCGAUCCGCCAGAGACAUGUCGACCGAGUUUCUCGGACGACGAUUUGCGACGCCGACAUUUCUCUGUCCCGUUGGCGUCCUGGGAGCGGUGCACAAGGACGGCGACUUGUGCACGGCAUCGGCGGCAAAGGAACUCGACAUGAUGGCAAUGUACUCGACUCUCUCCGAAGCAACCAUGGAAGAGGUGGCAGCAGCACGCGGGAGCUCCUUUGGCGUAUUUCAGCUGUACCCUCCCGCUGACCGCACCCUCACGGCAAACUUUGUCAAGCGCGCUGAAAAGGCCGGCUUUGACGCGCUCGCCAUCACCCUGGACACGGGCAUCCUCGGCUGGCGGCCGCGGGACCUGGCGCACGGCUACAUUCCUUUCCUCAAGGGCCACUGCCUCGCAAACUACACGUCGGAUCCGCGCUUCCUCGAGAUGGUGGGCGUUUCCUCCGCCGACGAGCUCACCCCGCAGCACGCGGGUGCCUGGCUCACCCGCAUCUUCACCAACCUCGCGUUCACGUGGGAGGAUGUCGCGUGGAUACGCGGCCUGACCACGCUGCCCAUUAUACUAAAGGGCAUCUGCCAUCCGCGCGAUGCGGAAAAGGCGCGCGAGUAUGGCGUGAAUGCCAUUGCCUACUCCAACCACGGCGGACGGCAAGCAAACGGCGGCGUCGCCGCCAUUGACGGCCUCGCUGCCGUGGUCGAGGCUGCCGGUCCGCUGCCCGUCAUCUUCGACUCUGGCGUGCGCAACGGCGUGGAUAUUCUGCGAGCCAUUGCCCUGGGCGCGACAAUGGUGGGCGUCGGCCGGCCGUAUGUGUAUGGUUUGGCGAUUGGUGGACAGCGCGGGGUAGAGCAUGUGAUGCGCUCGUUGCAUGCCGAAGCAGAUCUCAACAUGGCGGUCAAUUGCUAUCUCGGGCUGCAAGACUUGGAGGUUACGCGCGUCGUCGUGUAA